AUGAUGUGCAAAAGUAAGCAUUUCUUUAGAGACACUGAAUAUUUGAUUUAUAAGUAAGAGAACUGCAUUCAAAUAGGAAAAGUAAGCAUUCAUUUCAAAUGUUUAGAAUGCGAAAUAAAUUAAAUAUACAAUACAAUUAGAAUUGUCAACAAUAAUAACAUGGGUUUAUGGAGAAAAAAAUCGUUUCAUUGGAUUUAAGUUUAGAUGGAAAUAAAAGUUGAAAACAAUGAUAAUGGAUUAUCAUAAAUGUUUAUAACUAAAAAGCAUUUUUGAUGGAAAAGUCUCUUAUAAUAAUCUUGUCAAAAUGUUUAAUAGCAUAAAAUAAAUUCAAGAGCAUUCUCAGAAUACAGUAAGAUGAUAAUUAUGAAUGUUAUUGUAGAUAAUCUUAGUACAUAGUUGUAUAGAUCAAACACAAUACCAGAUGAAAGUGAUACCAAAUAGUAUCAAUUAUAAUAAGCUUGUAUAAGAAAAACCUAUUCAUAGGAUUUUAUGUUAGAAUUAGAGGUGCUUAGCCUUUAACAUAAGAACAUGAUAUAAGUUUCGGAAUAUUUCGUAGAAAACGAUAAAUUUUAUAUUCUUUACGAGUAUUUAGAGGGAAGAAGUUUAAGAGAGAGGAUGAAUUCAUAAUAUAAAAUGAGAAAAGAGGAAAUUAUAGUAGUGCUAAAAGUAAUAAUUUAAAUAAUAAAUUAAGUAAAUUUUAAGUCUUUUAAUUGCAUUACAUAAAAAAGGAUAUAUGUGUGGGGAGUUAACUAAAGAUAACAUUUUUAUAUAAAAGAAUGGUAGAAUAAUUCUAACGAAUUUGGGAUAAAUAACAAAAAUAGGGGAAAUAAUGAGAACUAAAAGAGGAACGAAAGAUAUUGAUAAUAUAAAUGAAUUGAUAUUACAAAAUAAUAUAGAGAUGAAUUAAAAUAAUGAGGAAUUUGAUAGAUAAUUUUGGUUUGCUUAAGAUAUGUAUUGUCUUGGAGAACUGCUACAUGAAAUGUAAUAAAAAAACAUAAAAAUAUAGGUUAACUGGUAAAAGUUUAUAAAAAACAAUCUUUGAUAAAUGUAGUGGAUUUCAAUCAAGUCAAAAUACAAUUUCAACAUUAAGAACGAAGGUGGGACUUCGUAAAUUAUUAGAUAGAAUGUUAGAGCCUGAUCCUAGGCUUAGAAUUUCAGCAGAAUAAGCUUAAAAUUUUAUUAAGGAUAUGGAAUUUGGAGAAGAUUCAUUUGUUGAUUUUUCUGAUUAAGAUGAAAGAAACAAUUAUCAAGAAGUUUAUUAUUUUGUUUCAAAAGUAUGUCUAUAGAAUCUCUGA